AUGAGCAACCAAGCCAUUUUCUCUCCCAUCAAAGUCGGCAACACUUUACUCCAGCACCGUGUUGUUCUCGCUCCCUUGACACGUUUCAGAGCUACAGUGGAAGCCGUACCUACCGAUCUUAUGGUGGAACAUUAUAAGCAAAGAGCUACAGAAGGUGGUCUUUUAAUUACAGAAGCUACCUUUAUCGAUCGUCUUGCUGGUGGUUACAAGCAAGCUCCUGGUAUCUAUACACAAGAACAAAUUGAGGCCUGGAAGAAGGUGACCUCCACCGUUCAUGAAAAGAAGGGUUCGAUCUUUCUCCAAUUAUGGCACAUUGGCCGUGCUGGUUCCAAGUAUCUCAACCCUAAUGGAGAGCAAAUUGUGUCUGCUUCUCCCAUUGCCAUCGGAGGUAAGACCCUCUUGGGUACCGACUAUGAAGAACCUCGUUCUCUCGAGAUCGAAGAGAUCCAUGCCAUUGUAGAACAAUACCGCCAAGCGGCACUUAAUGCGAUCGAAGCGGGAUUUGACGGUGUUGAAAUUCACAGUGCUAACGGUUAUCUCCUCGAUCAAUUCAUCAAUACCAGCAGCAACAAGCGUACAGAUAUCUAUGGUGGUUCGAUUGAAAACCGUACCCGUUUCUCUCUCGAGGUAUUGGAUGCUGUGGUAGAAGCCAUUGGUGCCGAACGUGUGGCCAUUCGUUUCUCUCCCGGUGGUGUAUUCCAAGACAUGCAAGAUGAAUCUGUGGUUGACACGUGGAGUUAUUUAACAACCGAGAUUCAAAAGAAGCAUGCGGACUUGGCUUAUCUUCAUUUCAUUGAGGCGCGUGCCAAUAUUCAUAGCGAUACCGCUGUUUGUGUUGUAGAUACCUUGGCCCCUUAUCGUCAAAUCUGGAAGGGUCCCUUUAUUACCGCCAGUGGUUUCUCCAACGCUCCUCAAUUAGCCAUCGAUAUUGCUGAAAAGACUGGUGAUUUAAUUGCCUUUGGUCGUGCUUUUAUUGCUAACCCUGAUCUUGUUCAACGUCUUCAAAAUGGUUGGGAAUUGAACAAGUACGAUAGAAGUACUUUCUAUAACCAUGAUGCUGUUGGUUAUACAGAUUAUCCUUUCUACUCAUCUGCAGAAGAGAAGAACUAA